AUGAGGAAUCCCAUGUCCCCUUCAGAGCAGCACUCGCAACAUAAUUCUACAUUAGCCGCCUCUCCCUUUGUUUCUAAUGCAUCUGUAGCAAGGACACAACAGAGUUUACCAAUCGAUGCUUCCAAUGAUCAUCUGCAACCCUGGAACAGAACUAAUACGGCCACUAGUCCAUAUCAGUCAUUGGCAAAUAGCCCUUUAUUACAGAAGUUGCAGGCGAAUAUUAUGACUCCGCAUCAGCCAUCAGCCAAUCCUAUUUCCACCACGAGCAAUAAUGCAAACGACAAUAAUUUGUUAGCAUCCAUGUCUAAGAAUAGCAUGUUUGGUUCUACGAUACCGUCCACAUUAAGAAAAGUGAGUUUACAGCGCGAGUACAAGGAUUCGGUUAAUGGAACGCUUGAUGAUGAUGAUAAUGACAACAAUGGUGAUACAACUGUGAAUACUAAUAAUGACCGAGAGAACAAACUAGGGAAUAAUGGGCCACUGACGACUACGACAUUAACGACAACAACUACUGCAACUCAACUUGAUGUCUCUGAAUUAUCAGCUAUAGAGAGGUUGAGACUUUGGAGGUUUGACGCAUUGAUGCAGCAUAUGUGUAGGACAGCAGAAUAUAUUGCUGAUAAAGUGUACACUAUUUCGAACGAUCCUGAUGAUGCCUUUUGGUUGGGCCAAGUUUAUUACAAUAAUAAUCAGUAUGUAAGAGCCGUGGAACUUAUUACUAAAAACAAUUUGGAUGGAAUUAAUAUUCUUUGUCGAUAUUUAUUGGGACUUUCCUUUGUGAAGUUACAAAGAUUUGAUGAAGCUCUCGAUGUCAUAGGCGAAUACAAUCCAUUCAGUGAGGAUCCAAUUACAACAGCUGCAAAUGCCACGAGCAAUAAUGGCAGCAAUAGCUACACGUCGCAGCCAGUUACUGACGGCGGUAUAAAGAUGGAAUCAUCAUUAUGUUUCCUCAGAGGUAAAAUAUACUUUGCGCAAAAUAAUUUUAAUAAAGCUAGGGACGCCCUUCGUGAAGCCAUCUUGGUGGAUAUCAAAAAUUUUGAAGCUUUUGAAAUGCUCUUAUCUAAGAAUCUGCUAACUCCACAGGAGGAAUGGGAUUUGUUCCAUUCUUUAGAUUUCAAAGAGUUCGGUGAAGAUAAAGAGAUCAUGAAGAAUCUUUACAAGAUCAACCUAUCCAAAUAUAUUAAUACGGAUGAUAUAAUAAAAUCAAAUGAGAUUUUAACGAAGGAUUACAAAUUAGCUGACAAUGUAGAUGUCAUAAGAAGUAGAAUGGAUAUUUUUUACACACAGUGCAAGUUCAACGAAUGCUUGGAGUUAUGCGAAGCGGUUUUGGAGAAUGAUGAAUUUAAUACGAACAUUCUACCAACAUAUAUCGGAUGCCUUUAUGAAUUAUCAAAUAAGAAUAAGCUUUUUCUUCUAUCACAUCGGUUAGCAGAAACUUUUCCGAAAUCUGCGAUAACAUGGUUCAGCGUCGCCACUUAUUAUAUGUGUCUGGACAGGAUAAGCGAAGCACAGAAAUACUAUUCUAAAUCAUCAAUACUGGAUCCAAGUUUUGCUGCUGCAUGGCUAGGGUUUGCACACACGUACGCCCUAGAAGGCGAACAAGACCAAGCAUUAACAGCAUAUUCUACCGCAUCCAGAUUCUUCCCAGGAAUGCACUUACCGAAACUAUUUCUCGGGAUGCAAUUCAUGGCCAUGAACUCACUCAACUUAGCAGAAUCUUAUUUCGUUCUGGCAUAUGACAUCUGUCCGAACGAUCCCUUAGUACUCAAUGAAAUGGGUGUAAUGUAUUUUAAGAAAAAUGAAUUCGUCAAAGCCAAGAAGUACUUGAAGAAAGCGUUGGAAGUGGUGAAAGAUCUUGAUCCAAGUUCAAGGACGACAAUAUCGAUUCAAUUAAAUCUAGGUCACACAUAUAGGAAGCUGAAUGAGAACGAAAUUGCCAUCAAAUGUUUCAAAUGUGUCUUAGAGAAGAAUGAUAAAAAUUCAGAAAUCCAUUGCUCAUUAGGUUAUUUGUAUUUAAAAACGAAAAAAUUACAGAAGGCCAUCGAUCAUUUGCACAAGUCAUUAUAUCUAAAGCCUAAUAAUGCAUCUGCAACAACGCUGUUGAAGAACGCCCUAGAACUGAACGUGACAUUAUCAUUGGAUGCCAGUCACCCACUUAUUGACAAGUCGAAUUUAAUGAGUCAGGCAAGUAAGGACAAGGCCUCCAUCAAUAAAAAAAGAUCUUCAUUGGCCUACGACCCCGCCAACAUGACUAAAAGGUUGAGAACACGAAAUGAGAUCUUUGACCCAAUUAAUGAUGCUCUUAAAAGUGGAGGCGGCAAUCUCAAAAAUGGCACUGCUAAUGUCGACGAUGACUUUGAUGCAGAUAUGGAGCUGGAAUAA